GGACACCUUGCAUAUUUUUGACGUCAAGAGGUACUGUGGCCAUGGUCAACUUUAAGUAUAAAAUGUCAUGCACUCCUUUGUGUAAUGUAUAUUCUCAGUCUCACCGGAACGAACAAUAUAUUGAACAAAUGUUGGCCAUAAUAAUACUUGCAGUUUUUGUUGGUUGUUUUGGACAAAAUCAACCAGACCCGGACCUUGCAGAAACAUGGUUCUAUAUCGUAGAUCUCAACGCUGACAAUAUAGCAGAGCCACAUGAGCUGGAGAGUUUCUAUUUCAGAUAUGACGGAGACAGAGAUGGAGUUGUAACGGUAGAGGAAUUUGUAAACCAUACCCUUAACUGGCCAGAUGAUUUCAAUGUCUCCAAGGCAGAAGGCCCUAGCUAUUUUAAGUUGCAAGAUUUGGAUGGGAACAACCAGAUUGACGGUGAUGACGUCACGCUUUGGUUGGAGGACGUAAACCAAGACGAGGGAGACGAUGUCGUUGGUUUUGAGUUUAAAUGGGGAGCAAGACGAGUGUUUCGUGCAGUGCGGUUAAUGAUGAUUCUGAUACAGUAUGAUUCCGACGGAUUUGAUUCGCUAUCCAGAGAUGAGUUCAAUUCAUUCUUUAAUGACUUAGACACCAACAACGACACUCGGGUAGAUCUUCAAGAGUUUACAACGUUUUGGACCAACUUCCAGGGAGGUGAUGCUGCAGACGCAGCCUUCAUUUUCAGGAAAAUGGAUUGGAACGAAGACGGUGUGUGGGAUCAGGCAAAUGAUGUCAACAAUGGGCUCUAUGGCAGAAUUGAUAAAGAUCCUCAAGAUGGAGUCCUGCAAUUUAAUGAGUGGUUUUGGAUUGAUCAGUUUGUCAACUACGAUCUACGCUGUGCCAUUGUCAUCCCAGGAGGAAACUACAAGUCCAAAAAUUAGUACUUAAGAGAAUUUCACAAUAUUUAUUAAUGUUAUACGUAUAAAUGAAGAAUAAUGUAUAUGACUAUGACUAAAUAGAGUCAAUCUCAAAUUCCGAA